AUGACAAGUGUCCUCAUGAGUCAUGGUGACCAGAUGUUCCAUCUCACUCUGUCCAGUCAUUGUAUGCAAACUGGACACACACACACAGCCAUAACAAUUUACAUGAUGGGAUAGAAACCAAGGUCAGCAUUUGCAUCUCUCUCUCUCUCUCUCUCUCUCUCUCUCUCUCUCUCUCUCUCUCUCUCUCUCUCUCUCUCUCUCUCUCUCUCUCUCCUUUCCCCAAGCUUUCAGGUAAAGUGCUUUUCAAUCAGUCAGGUAGCCUUUUGGCAAUCAAUGUUUACUUCACUUUAUCUGUCAUAAAGCUUUUAAAAUAACAUUUCUUAAAACGCCAUUUAUUUAUUUCAUUACAUAUGCAUGGCGAUAGAUUACAUUUAUCCUCAUGUAUCAGUGAGUUGUUGACGGUUUGAUGUAACACUGCUCUCCCAUAGCAUACCACUAGAGGGUAUAAAAACUACAAAUACCAUAUCCAACCCCCCCAAACUGCUUGUCAACACCAUUGAGAAAUAAAAGAAUGGUCAACACCCUGCUCAUUUUUUAAAUCACAGGACACCAGAUACCAGGAUGUUAAUGGAACCUAGCACAUCCUCAUAAAUCAAAAACAUCCAUAUCGACUGAACAUCUUCAUCUUGUUUUGCACUAUGCUCUUGUUGAAGCUUUGAACAGAGUAGCUGAUCUGGUUCUGGGAGCAGAGAUUCAUUUUGGACCGACAGACGAUACAGCUGUGCUCUGGAUAAUGAUGAUGUCAUAAUUAUAGGACAAUGAGAAUGUAAUGAAUCCCCUGGAUCCCACAGAAGCCUCCACUUCCUCCUCAUAGCAGCUGGUCCCAAAUCAGUUUAUGUUGUAUAGCCAACUGGUAUGACCAUAGGACUUGGCUAUAAAGCAUAUCUGGGAACAGGGUAUCCUCCCACACACUGGUCAUUUUCAUUAGUACGAAAACAACAGUUUGUCAUUAGACAGGUCCAGGGAGUCACUCCCUCCCUGGUAUGCUAUGGGAGAGCAGGGUAUUGUUGGACGGGGCCACAGUGUCCCCCGACCCCUUACGGUAUCUGAAAGAUUAUUGGAAUCUGUGUGGGUAGCAGGCCAGGUAGGAUGACUGACAAUAGUGAAGGUGAACAGGUGGUCACGGGUCAGGUGACUGAGAGAAAUGGAGGAGACUGAGGCAGUAAUUCCUUUAACCACAAGGUGGUAUAUUUACUGGGUAGUUUGUCUGUGCUGCAUAACAAAGGAAACAGAAUAACAUGUAUCCAAGCAAAUUCAUAAUCACAAAAGUCAAAUCAUAACAAUCAUUCUCAUUAUUAACAUGAGGUAAUUCAGCCAUUCAGUUCAAUAGAAAUUCAAUAUGAAGCAUGAUUGAGUCAUUUAGGAUCAUAACCAUUCAUCAUAAUCAUGAGAAUGAUCAUGCAAAUAAAUCGAUCAGUUAUCAAUUAUUCUAUCUAUAAUCUUAAUCAGUUUGAUAUCAGGAUUUAUCAAUUUAGCAAAUAAUAAUUACGUUUCAUAUAUUUUUAUUUUUUUAUUUUUUUGCUAUGUUAUAGCAGAGAAGAACACUCAGGCCCUCUCUCAAUUGGAGUUCCUCGAAUCCUCCCGUCCUUUCCUCCAUCCUUUCCUCCAACAUGGAAACAAAUUACUCUCCUUGUGUCAUCAGGUAUUUACAUACAGUGCCUUCGGAAAGCAUUCAGACCCCUUGACCCCUCCACACCCUGCCAUGUGACAACCCCAUUCCAAAAUUGACUAAAUAAAACAUUUUCCUCAGCAAUCUACACACAAUACCCCACAAUGACAAAUCAAAAACAGGUCCCCAGAAAUUCUUGCUAAUUUAUCAAAAAUAAAGAACAGAAAUACCUUAUCUACAUGUAUUCAGACCCUGCGCUAUGAGACUCGAAAUUGAGCUCAGGUGCAUCCUGUUUCCAUUGAUCAUCCUUGAUGUUUCUACAACUUGAUUGGAAUCCACCUGUUGUAAAUUAAAUUGAUUGAACAUGAUUUGGAAAGGCGCACACCUGUCUAUAUAAGGUCCCACAGUUGACAGUGCAUGUCAGAGCAAAAGCCAUGAAGUCGAAGGAAUUGUCCGUAGAGCUCAGAGACAGGAUUGUGUCGAGGCACAGAUCUGGGGAAGGGUACCAAAAUAUUUCUGCAGCAUUGAAGUUUCCAAAGAACACAGUGGUCUCCAUCAUUCUUAAAUGGAAGAAGUUUGGAACCACUAAGACUCUUCCUAGAGCUGGCCGCCCGGCCAAACUGAGCAAUCGAGGGAGAAGGGCCUUGGUCAGGGAGGUGACCAAGAACCCAAUGAUUAAGUUUCAUAUUUCAUCCUUCCAGGUUUGUCUUCAUAUGUACAUGUUAUUUCGUUACAUUUUAACCAUAUAUCAAUGGCAUAAUUGGCCUGUGAUGAUAUGUAGGGCCGUGAUCAUUGUCCAUUGACAUAACACAAUAGGUUCGAAGCGUGCGCUCCAAGCCGCGCUCCGUGUUAAUAACUAUAAACAAUAACUGAUGGCCCGCUCUCCCAAUCGCAACAGAUAGUUCAGAUGAAAGAUAACAGAUUUGGUCGAUUUACGUUGAUUUGUGGACACACAAUGUCUCGAUUAGACGGAGUUGGGGGAGAGAAAGCAGCGAGGUCGGGCAGUGGCGAUUUCCUCCUUUUAAUGAGUUGAGAUCUGUCGGAUAUUUCCACCUGACCUAAUUAAAGCGCUCUGGCCCAGCUGCGCAAGUGGCCAUGAAUUAAAGGGCGAUUCCACCAACUCCAUGGGCCUUUUCUACAGCCACCCCGGAAAUGUGUUAAAUUCCACAUUCCUCAAAAGGCUCAUCGCUCCCCAUCCUCUGUCAUCUCAGGGAGAGGAAUUAGUUGGGCAACUGGCUGGAUAUAUGUCCGGUUCUUUACCUGGAUCUCCACUGAUCUAACACGACUGUUGGUCCCAGGCAUGGUUUCAGUGAUAUGGCCCAUCCGCCAGGAGGCUUGAGGCAGUUGAGGGUCCACUAUCAUUACUACUUGGCCAGUGUCCAGGCUGGCCUUUUCACUCCACCAUUUCCCUCUGUGCUGUAGGCUUGGUAGGUAAUCCCGAAUGAAUCAGGCCCAGAAAUGGUCAGCUAAGACCUGGCUGUGCCACCACCGGCAUCUGCCAACGAGGUUGGUAUCAGCAUACAUGGCUUGAGGAAGUGAGACAUCUCGGUGCCCCAUCAAGAGCAGAUUCGGUGUGACCGGAUCUGGGUCAGCAAUGUCUGUAGAGAGAUAUCCCAAGGGUUUGGAGUUCAGUAUCCCUUCCAUCUCUAUCAGGACAGUCCGCAAGUGUCACGGAUUCUGCCGAGGCUGCCCCUCCUCCUUGCUCCGGCAGGCUUCGGCGUUCGUCGUCACCGGAGUACUAGCUGCUGCCGAUCUAUGUUUCUAUGUUCUACCUGUUGUUGUCUGAUUGUCUCACACCUGUUUCCCAUCAGGCAAUUACUCCUUCCCUAUUUAACCCGGUGGCUCCCAUUGUGUUUUGUGCGUGUUUGUUAUUCGUUUUGUGUGUCGUUUGGUGAGCGUCAGUCUCCCGAUUGGCGCAGUGGUCUAAGGCACUGCAUCGCAGUGCUAGCUGUGCCACUAGAGAUCCUGGUUCGAAUCCAGGCUCUGUCGUAGCCGGCCGCGACCGGGAGACCCAUGGGGCGGCGCACAAUUGGCCCAGCGUCGUCCAGGGUAGGGGAGGGAAUGGCCGGCAGGGAUGUAGCUCAGUUGGUAAUGCAUGGUGUUUGCAAUGCCAGGGUUGUGGGUUUGAUUCCCACGGGGGGCCAGUAUAAAAAAAAAAAAAAAAAAACUAACUUAACUGUAAGUCGCUCUGGAUAAGAGCGUCUGCUAAAUGACAAAACAAUUUAAAAAAUGUAAAAUGGGUUUACUCCUCCCUGUGUGGAGGUAUUUUGUAUUUGUUUCUUUACUUGUUAGUAAAGUACGUUUUCAUUGAGUUCUGUGUCCUGCGCCUGACUUCGAUCCACCGCAUUACACUGACACUCGUGACAGAAACACGCACCACCAUGGAGUCAGCAGGUACAGCCAGUCUGUCCGGAUCGAUGGAGGAACGCGUCCAACGACAGGAGAGCAUGAUCCAGGCUCACGGCACCACUAUGGAGAGAGUGGUUAACACUAUACACCUCCUCCAACCACUCAACCUCCCACACCACUGUCCACCCCUUCGCCACCUGGGUCCAGUGGGAUUCGGCUCUCGCUCCCGAGGGCAUACGACGGAACACCAGCCGGGUGUCAGGGUUUUCUUCUCCAGGUAGAGCUCUACCUGGCAACCAUUCACCCGGCGCCCUCGGGAUACGAGAGCGUGUCUGCCCUCAUCUCCUGUCUGUCGGGGAAGGCACUCGAGUGGGCCAACGCCGAGUGGGGAGGUAUAGACGCUACAUCAGUCCGCUACGAGGAUUUCACCCGCCGCUUUCGGGCGGUAUUCGAUCAUCCACCGGAGGGGAGAGCGGCGGGUGAACAUCUGUUCCACCUAAGACAGGAGAGGAGGAGCGCGCAGGAUUUUGCGCUGGAGUUCAGGACUCUGGCAGCCAGCGCAGGAUGGAAUGAGAGGGCCCUGAUCGACCACUAUCGAUGCAGCCUAGGGGAGGACGUUCAUCGAGAACUGGCCUGCAGGGAUACCAACUUCAACCUGGACCAACUGGUGGAUAUGUCCAUCAGGCUGGAUAACCUGUUGGAAACCCGCGGACGUUCUGAUCGGGGCCCGUCCAUUCCAUCCCCCAGCACCUCCGACCCUGCCCCCAUGGAGCUCGGAGGUGCUGCGCUUAGGGAGACCAGUAGAGGGGCCGUCCCCUGCACCAACUGUGGCCGCAGAGGACACACUGCUGGUCGGUGCUGGGGAGGGUCCCCAGGGAGUCGAGGCAGUAGGCAGAGUACUAGUCGACCGUCUCAGGUGAGUAAGCACCCGACUCACCCAGAGCUCCCUGUUGCUCAUAUGUGUAUUGAGGUUGCUUUUCCCAACAUAAGUCGCUAGUAGAUUCAGGCGCAGCUGGGAAUUUUAUUGAUCGUCAGUAUUCACUUAGUUUAGGGAUUCCCACUGUACGUGUUGAUGUGCCCUUCCCUGUGCAUGCAUUAGAUAGUCGCCCAUUAGGGUCAGGCCUAAUCAGGGAGGUCACCACUCCACUCUUAAUGAGCACGCAGGGGGGUCAUGAGGAGAGGAUUAGUCUCUAUCUUAUUGAUUCUCCUGCAUAUCCUGUGGUGUUGGGACUUCCCUGGUUAACCAUUCAUGACCCAACUAUUUCAUGGCAACAGAGGGCUCUAAAGGGAUGGUCCAGUCAGUGCUCAGGGAGGUGUGUAGGGGUUUCCUUAGGGGCUACUAUGGUGGAGAGUCCAAACCAGGUCUCCACCAUGCACAUUCCCUCCGAGUAUGCCGAUUUGGCUCUCACCUUCAGUAAAAAGAGGGCGACUAAAUUACCACUCCAUCGUCCAGGGGAUUGUGCGAUAAAUCUCCAGGUGGGCGCUGCACUUCCCCGGAGUCACGUGUAUCCUCUGUCACAGGAGGAGAAGGCAGCUAUGGAAACAUAUGUCUCCGAAUCUCUGAGACAGGGAUACAUUCGGCCUUCCACUUCACCUGUUUUCCUCAAGUUUCUUUUUCGUGAAGAAGAAGGAUGGUGGGUUACGCCCGUGCAUUGAUUACCGUGGUCUUAAUCAGAUCACCGUCAAGUACAGCUAUCCACUACCUCUGAUAGCUUGUAUGACGGAGUCAUUGCACGGGGCGCGCUUCUUCACGAAAUUGGAUCUCAGGAGCGCGUACAACCUGGUGCGUAUUCGGGAGGGAGAUGAGUGGAAAACGGCAUUCAGUACCACCUCAGGACACUAUGAGUACCUCGUCAUGCCAUACGGGUUGAUGAAUGCUCCAUCAGUCUUCCAAUCCUUUGUUGAUGAGAUUUACAGGGACCUGCACGGACAAGGUGUAGUGGUGUAUAUUGAUGACAUUCUCAUAUACUCCGCUACACGGGCCGAGCAUGUGUCCCUGGUGCGUAAGGUGCUUGGACGAGCAUGACCUGUAUGCCAAGGCGGAGAAAUGCCUGUUCUUUCAGGAGUCCAUCUCCUUCCUAGGGUACCACAUGUCCGCGUCUGGGGUGAGGAUGGAGAGUGACCACAUUUCGGCUGUGCGUAAUUGGUCGACUCCAACCACGGUGAAGGAGGUGCAGCGAUUCUUGGGGUUUGCCAACUACUACCGGAGGUUUAUCCGGGGCUUUGGGCAGGUAGCAGCUCCCAUUACCUCAUUGCUGAAGGGGGGACCGGUGCGUCUGCGGUGGUCAGCUGAGGCGGACAGGGCUUUUAGUCACCUGAAGAACCUGUUUACCUCGGCUCCAGUGCUGGCUCAUCCGGAUCCCUCCUUGGUGUUCACGGUUGAGGUGGACGCGUCAGAGGCUGGGAUAGGCUCUGUACUCCGCCCCUGUGCAUUCCUUUCAAAGAAGCUCAGCCCGGCGGAGCGCAACUAUGAUGUGGGGGACCGGGAGCUGUUGGCUGUAGUCCAAGCUCUGAAAGCGUGGAGACAUUGGCUUGAGGGGGCUAAACACCCUUUUCUCAUUUUGACUGACCACCGCAAUCUGGAGUACAUCCGGCGGCGUGGAGAUUAAACCCUUGCAGGUAAGGUGGUCCAUGUUUAUCACCCGUUUUGUGUUUGUGUUUCUUUCAGGCCAGGUUCCCAGAACGCUAAGGCAGAUGCUCUGUCCCGACUAUAUGACACGGAGGAGAGUUCCGUGGAGCCCACUCCCAUACUUCCGACGUCGUGUCUGGUGGCACCGGUGGUGUGGGGAGGUUGACGCGAACAUCGAGUGGGCAUUGCGUAACGAACGUGUGUACGUCCCGCUGGAGGUCCGCGAUCGUUUGAUCUAUUGGGCUCACACGUCACCCUACUCUUGUCAUCCUGGUAUCGGUCGGACAGUGCAUUGUCUUAAUGGGAAGUACUGGUGGCCCACCUUAGCUAAGGACGUGACGGUUUAUGUUUCCUCCUGCUCGGUGUAAGGCUCCUAGACACCUGCCCAGAGGGAAAUUGCAACCCCUACCCGUUCCACAACGACCGUGGUCCCACCUAUCGGUGGAUUUCGUGACGGAUCUUUCCCCCUCACAAGGGAACACCACGAUCCUGGUCAUUGUGGAUCGGUUUUCUAAGUCCUGCUGCCUCAUUCCUCUGCCCGGUCUCCCUACGGCCCUACAGACUGCUGAGGCCCUAUUUACAGACGUCUUCCGGCACUAUGGGGUACCUGAGGAUAUAGUGUCUGAUCGGGGUUCCCAGUUCACCUCGAGGGUCUGGAGGGCGUUCAUGGAACGUCUGGGAGUCUCGGUCAGCCUUACCUCAGGGUUUCACCCCGAGAGUAACGGGCAGGUGGAGAGAGUCAACCAGGAGGUGGAUAGGUUUCUGAGGUCGUAUUGCCAGGAUCGGCUGGGGGAGAGGUCGGUUUUCCUCCCCUGGGCAGAGAUGGCCCAGAACUCACUCCGCCACUCCUCCACUAACCUUACUCCAUUCCAGUGUGUAUUAGGUUAUCAGCCGGUUCUGGCACCUUGGCAUCAGAGCCAGAUCGAGGCACCUGCGGUGGAUGAAUGGUUUCGGCGCUCGCAGGAGACCUGGAACGCUGCCCAUGUGCGCCUGCAGCGGGCCAUCGGGUGGCAAAAGGCGAGCGCUGACCGCCACCGCAGUGAGGCUCCGGUGUAUGCACCGGGGGACCGGGUCUGGCUCUCGACCCGAAACCUGCCCCUUCGCCUGCCCUGCCGGAAGCUGGGUGGGCGGUUUGUGGGGCCAUUCAAAGAGGAGGUAUGUUAUAGGUUACAGCUUCCUCCUGAGUAUCGUAUUAACCCCUCGUUCCAUGUGUCUCUCCUCAGGCCGGUGGUAGCUGGUCCACUCCAGGAGUCUGAGAUAUGUGAGGUUCCUCCGCCCCCACUGAACAUCGAGGGGGCACCGGCGUACUCGGUCCGUUCCAUCCUGGAUUCGAGGCGUCGGGUGGGGGGCCUGCAGUAUCUCGUGGAGUGGGAGGGGUACGGUCCGGAGGAACGGUGCUGGGUCCCUAGGAGGGACACCCUCGAUCCAUGUUGAGGGAUUUCCACCGCAGUCAUCCGACUCGCCCCGCACCGCGUCCUCCUGGCCGUCCCCGAGGCAGGGGAGGUGGGUAUGGAAGCCACCCCAUCUGAGGUCUGGUUGGUGGCGGUGAGCAGAUCCUGCAGUGUUUGGGAUUGGGCUGGGUCAGGGAGAGCUGUUGUUGGCUCCGUAGAGAUGUUGUAGCAUUGGGCAGACUUCCUUAACUCAUGAGCUUCAGUUGGUUGCGGAGGGACCGCCGGCACGGGGGCUGUCGGCCACUCGUUCUCUGGUUGGGACAAGCUCCAGCGAUGGGAUUGAGACAGUUCCUUAAGAGUUUUACCACGAGUGAUGUCAUCAGCAGGAUUGUUUAAGCUGUCAACAUACCUCCAGUCAUUGACUUCUGUUAGGUCUUGGAUUUCCGCAAUGUGAGUUCCGACGAACACCUUAUACCUGCAGGCCUCCGACUUGAGCCAGGUCAGUACAGUGGUCGAAUUACUCCAGUAGAUGACCCUUUGGAUUGGCAAGGUGAACUCGGCUCGCAAGGUGGAGGCCAACUGGGCUCCGGAAAGGGCAGCGAUGAGUUCCAGCCUAGACAUUGACAACUGCUUCUUGGGUGCGAUCCUGGACCUGGCCAUGACAAAGGAGACAUGGGUGUGGCCUGCCUCAUCCUCCACUCAGAGAUAGGAAACCACUCCAUAAGCCCACUCUGAAGCGUCACAGAACACAUGAAGUGGCACAUAACACCUUAACAUCUGGACAUUAGAGAGCUUCGACAACUCUGUUUCCCAACAGAUCCAUCUUUCCACUAGGUCAGCUGGGUGGAUUGGUUACAUUUUACAUUUUAGUCAUUUAGCAGACACUCUUAUCCAGAGCGACUUACAGUUAGUGAGUGCAUACGUUUUCAUACUGGUUCAAUCCAGUCCCUCUUGGUCUGCCACAGGUCCUAGACUAAGACUUUGGCCCAGGUUGUGUAUGGCAGGAUAUACCCGAGUGGAUCGUAUUGACUGGCUAGGGUCCAAUAGAUGGUGCGCAGAGUGGGGGUUUCGGUAUUCAGGGCAGAGUGGUGCUUGCACCCAAGGGUAUCCAGUAUGCAGAUCCAUCUCAGUCCUAGAGUGGACUAUUGUGGGUUAGCGCCAGACUGCGACAGCCAUAGUUCACUGCUACUUGACCUGGCUUGUGGCGGGAGGUGCUGGAUAACCUCUGCUGUGUUGCUCUCCCACUGUCUGACCUCAAAUCCACCUUUGGACAGGAGAUUCCGGACUUUGUCGAGGAGUGCUUUCACUUCAGCAGUGGGUGGGACGCUCUGUAAGCAGUUAUCCACAUAGAAGGCAUUCUCCACUGAAUCCCAGACUUCUUGGUCACUGUCUGGGUGCUCCCGGGCGUGUCUCUGCAGAGGGUAUAUGGCACAGCAUGUGGUGCCAAAUGGGAGUACUUGCCAUUCAUAGAUUGUGGGCUCUGCGUCUUGUUCCGGAGCAGUGUGGUGCCAGAAGGCAGAAGACGAAUCUGAUGAAACAUGGCUUUGAUGUCUCCACUGAUGGCUGUGGAGUGCUGCUGGAACCGGAGAAGGACACCGAGCAAGGAAGGACCUAAGGUUGGUCUGGGGAGCAGACAGUCAUUCAGGCUUUGACCAGCGGCUUGGAAUGAACAGUUGAAGACAAUUCAGUACUUCCCACUGUGUUGCUGGAUAACAUGGUGAGGGAGAUACCAGGAUUCGCUGAGUGGGUUUCCCUCUUCAUGAGCUGUCACUUUGGUGACAUAUCCUGCCUUCACAAGGUUAUGAAUCUCUCGGUUAUGAACUUCAGCAAGCUCAGGAUUCUUCACCAGUCACCGCUACGUUCCGCAGAGUAGUGGGAGUACAGCCCUUGUUGUGGUUGCCAGAGUAGAAUGGUUGGGCACCUGUAGCAGUGGGGUUGCGCACGUCUGAACGCCAUCCAUUUCAGUGGUGGUGGUAUGCUUCUCCACAAGGUCUAAUGCAUAGGAGUCAUGUUUUGAGCAGGUGACCUCCUUUAGCUUCCGGUUGGAGAAGGUGUCCAUCUUCCAGAGCAUCUCCACAUUCCGAAGGAGGUCAGUGGCUGGACAGGGAGAUGGAGCUGGACUGCUUCUGGUAAAGAGGACUUGCUGUGACUGUACAGCUUGGGUCGAGAGAAGUAGAUGGUCUGGACCCUGCACAGCCUAACCCAAGGAUGUAUGGACAGCAACGGGCCCUCCUUCUGGUCCAGCUCGUAUAGGCUCGGUCGGGGUGACGAGGUGUGGGUGGUCUAACCCUAUCAGGAUGAGUGGCGCAACCCUGGCCAUGUUGGGAAGAGGCAGUCCUCUGAGAUGAAGAUAUUGCUUCUGUAGAACACUCACCGGGCAGGAGUGCUCUGCGAGAUUCAGGCCAUCUGCCAUGAAGGCAUUAGUGAUGUUGUAGGCCACGUCCCUCUGUCCUGAAGGUGAAACGCAGAAGGUCAUGGCAGAGCCUUUCACUUGGAUAACAUAAUGUCGCACCGUUGUGAGGUUAAGGGUCUCAGGGGUCCCCUUCAGGUGAAGCAGCCGGGCGGCAGCUGGGAGGAUGAUUGUUCUUUCAGACCCAUCAUCUAGAACGGCGAAUGUAUCCUUGCUCCUCCCUUCGCUUUGCAGAGUGACCUUUACCACCUUCAACAUGACCCUUGGAGAUCGAUUAGGCUGGUCGAGGUAGGUGGCUCCUACCAUGAGCAUACUCUGUUCCUUCGGUGCUUGGGGAAUUACAUCAUGCAAUACUGUGAGAUGGAUUUCCUUACAUCGAUUGCAGGGUUUCCUCAAUGUGCAGGUCUCCGCUUUAUGGCAACGGGCACACUUGUAGCAUCGCUCACCUGAAGUUAUCCAGGCCUUCAAUUCGGGUCGAGUGAGCUUUUGUACCUUGGGGUAUGAGCCCAGAAAGUGCCCCUUACAAUUGCAAUAGGGGCAGUAGGGCUGGAAUUUGAUGUUCUUGCUCUUGAGAGAGGUCUUCUUCCCGGGUUCCUCCCUUCUGGGUCCCUCCCCGCCUACACUAUUUAAGUACAUGGUAGCGUUCAAACUCCUUCCUUACCCCAGAGGCUGUGGCUGUGAUUGAGGCCUGGUGAGCGAUGCUCUUCACCCUCGCCUUCACCUGCAACCAUGCUGCCAGGUCUUUGAGGGCAUAGGUGCCUCUCGAGCCCUCUUUCAGGAUGCUGAUCCAGUUUCUGCUUUUCUGCAGCUAUGGAACCCUGACCUGUUCACCGGACGUGCUACCUUAUCCCAGACCUGCUGUUUCGACUCUCUCUCUCUCUCUCUCUCUCUCUCCUCGCUCUCCUCUACCACACCUGCUGUCUCGACCUCUGAAUGCUCAGCUAUGAAAAGCCAACUGACAUUUACUCCUGAGGUGUUGACCUGUUGCACCCUCUAUAACCACUGUGAUUAUUAUUUGACGCUGCUGAUCAUCUAUGAACGUUUGAACAUCUUUAAGAACGAUCUGGCCAUAAUGGCCAUGUACUCUUAUAAUCUCCACCUGGCACAGCCAGAAGAGGAGUGGUCACCCCUCUAGGUUUCGUCCUAGGUUCCUACCUUUCUAGGGAGUUUUUUUCCGAGCCAUCAUGCUUCUACAUCUGCAUUGCUUGCUCUUUUUUAUUUUAAAAAAGAUUACAGAAAAAACACAUGAUUUCAUGUGUUUUUGGAACACUUCACUUGAUCACGUUUUCACGUGUAGUUUCAUGUUGUCACAUUAUCACAUUAACUUCACAUAAGAUCACAUGAUAACAUGAAAACGUAUUUUUGGUUUUCGUAUGUGUUUUUUCCAUAAGGGCUGUUUUAAUCUGUUUUCUUCCAUUUGGUGCCUAAUGAACAUGGCCCAGGGAACCAGGGAGCCAGGAAAGCACAUCUCCUCCCUCCUAGCUUCCUACCCUACAACCCAAAUCCUGCAGCUGUUGUCUCUGAGGCCUGUUGGCCUGUUGGUCUGGCAGGACUGACGGUGUGGGGGUGGAUGAAUCGAUGUCUCUGGCCAUCUUUCCCUCUCUAGUAUUUGUUUUUCUUUCUCUCUGCUGUCUUUCUUGAUCUCUCUUUCUCUUUUUCUGUAUCUGUAUCUGUAUCUCUCUCUCUCUCUCUCUCUCUCUCUCUCUCUCUCCAACCAUGCUCUGUCUCUCUACCAACAUGAUAGCAACACGUUUAUAUAUAGAUCAAGAUAAACAAAACUGGAAAAUAACCAGGGCUUCGACUGACGGAGCUAGCUUCCCAAUCCCCCUAUAUUCUUUGGCUGUGACAGCCAUGUUGGUUUUGUAGCCCAGUGAUAGUUUUGUUGUUAUGACUAAAAGGGCUGGCUGCUGGCCUUCCCCUCACCCUGCCUGGCAUUGUUUUGGUUGUCUGGACAGCAGCAGUGCACCUGUCACUGACCGGGCCCUCCCUGUCUUUCCUGCAAGACUCCAACACACACAGAGGGAGAAACACAUACAUACACACAUACACUCACACACUCACACACACACACACACACACACACACACACACACACACACACACACACACACACACACACACACACACACACACACACACACACACUGUAUCCAGCCGUCUCAUUCGUCAACGUCUGGCCCCCCUGCCUCCCCUCCUGCCUAUGCCUGCUUUAAUCUCUCCCAGUGAGAGAGGGAGAGAGACAGGGAUUGGAGGACGGAGGGAGAAGGGGAGGGCCCAGAGGAGAGGGAGGGGGAGGAGGGAAACCAGAGUUGCGAGGCAAAGGACUGGUCACAUGACCAACAGCCAGAGCUCUGUUUACAAACCAGAGAGGCAGAGAUAUAGGAACAGCAGCAGCAAUAGCAGAAGCAGCAGAGGAGGAUCGAGGCAGAUUUCUAGACCACCAUUAUGGAUUGAGACGGAGAGGGAACCUUGCCACCAUGACCAGGCCAGCUGGAGGUGGGAGACUGUCUUUGUCUCUAAUUUUUCUCAAUCGAAGCAGCAGAUGGUUUGAGGGAGAGUAGGAACUUCCCCCUCCUAAACACACACACACACUAGCAAAAUAUCGCAGCUAAAAGACUGUUCUUUGUUUGUUUUGGGAGAAUCAUGUUUUUGCUGCUGUGAAGAGUACGCUCUACCCCCCUAGUAGAUCAGAGCACUGAAGGAGUAGAGGAGGAGAAGAGAGGGCAGACAGAGGGGAUAAGGCUUGUGAAAAUCCAUCUGUUCAGAAGGCUUUGGAGGGGGACAAAGCAGGGACUAACACCUCCCUCACUGGAAUAAGAGCAGGGACUGUCGUUUGGAAUGCUUUUCUGUCUCUGUGAUGAACUGGAUAGGUUUUUGUUUAUCGGAUGGCAACUGUUAUGUGGCUGUUUUUAUCCUGAAUGCAAGUUGUUUUGAUUGUGAGGAAAGGAAAUGUGUGUUGUUUUGCUCAGUGUUGAGAGCAGAUUUCACCACUUCAACAAUGGACAUUCACAUGAGGUAAGAGCCAUGUGACUAAACUGAUUUCUUCGUCUCUCUCUGACAGUCAUCACUUGGACGUCAUCGUCAAUGUUGAGAGAGGAGAAGAAGCACACAUGAGGACUGCAGCACUCCAAAUCCCAAAUCUCACAAUCCUAACCCUCGGGAGCUAAUCCAGAUUUGGGAAUGUCGCACAUGGACUGCUGAGUGGACAAAACCGCACAUCCAGAAUUUGCAGAAUCUUCUUCUCGGAAUCUUUAUGGUUUUGUUUUUGGACGAUAACCUCCAACCACCCCACCGGCUCGUUUGUCUUCUUUUAGCCCAAGUUUAGAGACUGAUUUUGGGCUUCCAGGCUCCGAGCGUCGGGGUAACCUGGUAGUUUGGCCCUCACCCAGGUCCAGCCUUCUCCUGACAGGGCCUGGAUUUACUGCUGCAGUCCUGGGAGUCCGAUUUCAUGCAACCAUUCCAAUGGUGUAACGGUAAGUGUUUUUCCUCAACCUUCUGCCAAGUCAAUGUAAUGCAGUCUGUAGUUUACACAGCCUGUGUGUUCCCCCUAUAACUCUCCCCUCUCCCUUCAACUCUUUACUUACUGCUAACAGGGUUUCUGUAAUUGAUAUGCUUGAGAAAUUAGAAAUGACGAAAUUGCAUGUGGGUUCAGUUGGGUUUGUCGAAAUGGUGAAACAGCACUCAAGAUUUUCCAGGGUCAUGUUUAGUUAGUUGUAUAUAGGCUACAUAGCAACCAUCAUGUAACUGUAACUAACAGUACUACUAAAAGUGGUGUAACUAUUCAAUACCUAGCCGGUCUCUGCAUAUGGUCCAUUCUACAUCUGAGAAAAUAAACUGUCUAUGUAACCAUGUUUCAAUUCGAAGGCCCCCCCCCCCAUGCCCAUUCCCCCCUCCCUCCCCUUUACCCCAAUGUCAAAUGAAUAACCCCAUACCCCCCACGGUGCUCAAGCUGUACCCAUUCAAUCACUCUAAAUGAAGUGACACGGCCAUGGCCGUUAAAACAGACUGGCAAAGAGCGGGUGGUAAGGGGGCAUCUCAUCCGUGGUGAGGCAAAUUAAUAAGAACAGAACACAUGGGGCAUAUGGGUGGAAGUGGUGCUUCCUGGUUACCAUUGUCUUGCCAAAUGGUGCCUCAGUCCCUAGAGUGUCGUGUGUCUGUUCAUGAAAAGGCUAGCUAAAGCCCCAACCAACCCCCACCCAUGACACACACACACAACCCACACAGGCCAGCCAGCCACCUAGUCUGUGAAGGGGAGUCUGUGAAACAGAUGGCGUACCGGCGGAAGUGGAGCCACCAUACUCCAUGUUGGUUUAGUUUGCUGCCAAUUAUGUGCCUCGGCUCCAGUCAGAGCAGAGCAAUACAAAGCAGUAUGGGUGGGAUGUGAGCCAAAUACCAGGCAGUCACUUCCCCCUCGCCGAAUAUUUACCUUGUCGUUUGAAUUGUCAAUACUAGGAUUACUAGGCUUUCUAACAUGCAGCCCUAGAUAAUAAAACACAUGUUUGUGGCUCUUGUGUUAGACAAUAAAUCACCAUUAUAUCCAUUAUAUAAGGGAGGAAUACCAUAUAGUUAGCAAUGCAGUUAUAACAAGAGCCCUAUAUUUAGAUUGAAAUAUAUAUUUCCAUAUAUAAAUAUGUCUCCAGUUAUAACACCUCCAUGAGAAGUGAAACAGUGAGAGAAUCAGUGUUCUAUUUUAGUGUCCCUCUCUCCUGUUUUAAAAGGUGUGUAAACAAGAAGCUGUGAGCCGUUUGCAUGUGGGGAUAUGUCCCCGGAUCCUCUGUUUUGAGAGGGUUAAACAUCUUAGUAUUUAUAACUCAUUAUAUGAUAAGAGAGGUAAGCUAUGACAUGUUUUCAUUCAAGUCCCUCUGUUUUGUUUUGACAACCUCUUUCAUGACAACAAGCUGUGUGGAAAUAUUAUUCUUUUUCCCAGGUAGCCUGUGGUUUAGGUCUCCAGCGCUCUGAGAAGUACUGUGGACUUAGCAAGAUGGAUACCACCUACCGCCUGCCACUCAAUGUCUACGUCAUAGUGCUGGGCAUCGGCCUGUUCGUCUUCAUGCUCAGCCUCAUCUUCUGCUGCUACCUCUUCAGGUAUGUAGGGUCAUCACUAGCUGGAACAGCACAGUGAUAAACCCUGCCUAUUUCUACAAUUUAACAACUGAAUUUAAACCUAACCUUGUGCCUAACCCUAACCUUAAAUUAAGACCAAAAAGCUAAUUUUUGUGCUCGUGAACUAUGAUGUAGUGAAUUUUGACUUUGUGGCUGUGCCAGCAAUUGGAAACCGUAGUGGGAAGGACCCAAACAAAGAUGGCCGCUGGCCGGUUGCCAUUGCAAUCAGGAUAUUAACAUGUAGACUUAUCCACAUGGAGGCUUUACUUAUUAUGCUUCAAGAGCCUUUAUUUCAUUACAUAUUAUCGGCCUAUGAUAUUAUAUACAUAUAUAUAUAUUACAUUAUAUUGGUAUGUUAUACUGUUAAUGCAUCAGUUGUUAUAUUCUACAUUUUAACAAAGCACCAUGCAAUGUAAGCAGUAAAUACCAAGCCAGACAUACAGUGCCUGUCUAGGUCAAGGGGUGUGAAUUCUUUGAGGGCACUGUAUAAGAUAGGCCAUUGGAAUUCCCUGCAUUUUAAAGUGAUGCUACAGAGGUUUUGUAUAAUUCCAGCCAGUAGUUUUGUGUACUACGUCAUCCAUUUCGUGUACGUUACACCCCCCCCCACCCCCAAAUAAGAAAUGUUAUGAAUUCCAAUUCGUACAAUGUUUCAAAUUCAUAAGUGCUUUAGAUCCCAGACUUAAUCUUUAAACACGGCCAUUUUGUAUUUGUCUGUUUGUAGGUUGAAACAGCAAGGGACGAGGGAGCAGUUCAGCUACAAUGAGGUAGGCCUAUCACUACAGCAGUACAUGUAGCUCUGGGGUCUGUCCAGGGUUAAAAUACUACCAGAGUAUUUCACACUGUCUGUUGUUGUCAGCGUGUGUGAAACAACACCCACUACUCUUUAUAGUUAACCUUCAUUACAUCAACCCUAGACCUGGAUUUGUACCAAUACCUGUGUGUGUCAAGUAGCUUAUAGCUCACUGUAACACAUGUACAAACAACUGCUUUUUUCCUUCUUCAUUUUCAAUAGGUGGUUCUUAAAGGGGCAGGCAAGAAGCUGAGCCUUCUAGGAGUAAGUCAUGUCAUUCUCUCUGAUGUUUUUAUUUCAAUGCAGAUAGAUUCUGUUUGGAAAAGAAUGUACCAUUUUCUGAACCAUUUCUGUGUGGCUCGUGUUAGCUACUUGGGGAAACCCCCGUGGCUAUGCAAUGCCUUUGAUUUAACCUGGUGUUGAGUGUUUGAAUGUGAACUCAGAUGAUAGUCACAUACUAACACGCAUUCUUCUUCUUGCCCAUACACACACAUUCUUCUUCUUGCUCUUACACACAUUCUUCUUCUUGCUCUUACACACACACACUAAUACACCUUCUUCUUGCCCUUACAGCAAACGUGUGCAGUAUGUUUGGAAGAGUUUCGGACCAGAGAUGAGCUAGCUGUGUGUCCGUGUUCGCACGCAUUUCACAAGAAGUGAGUUAACCAUCCUGCUUUCCUUAUAGACAGAGCUUACGAAACGUCAACGCAUCUUUGGUCAUAAUGUUCAAGCGGCAGCUGAUACUAACAUGAUACAUAAAUCCUUCUGGUUCCAUCCUCCCUUCCUUGAAGUUAACAUCCUUGUCAGAUCAAUGAUUAGAUUUGAAGAAAUCUCAGUCUCUUGUGUGUCCCAUCCAGGUGCCUGCUGAAGUGGCUGGAGAUCCGUAGCGUGUGCCCCAUGUGUAACAAGCCCAUCCUCAGGCUCCACCCAGACCCCACACAGGGAACUGAGGGGCCCCAGGACCCAGAGGAGGUGUGAAGGACCCCAGGGCCCACCAGGACCGCCAUACACACAUUUACACACAACGGAAUUGAUAGUCAUCUUAUUGACAUGGUCAUUUUAUGGACAUCACACAGGGUUGAUUAUAUUCUUAAAGUGGCUUCCUUGGUGUUAGUCUUUGAAUGAGCAUUAAUCAAUAUGGCUGGGGUUUGGGUGCUGUAUAUGGAUGUUGAUUACACCCGUCCAGGCCUUUCAGAUCAUCAAGAAAGUCAGCGAUGACUGAGGGAUAGGGCGCAAGGGAGUGUUUCAAGAUCUGGCCCUACUAAGUUUACCAAUGGAACCUAAAAACGAAAGGAUAACCCUAACCCUGAGGGAUGGGGUACAAGGGAUCAGGAUUUGGGGUUUGGAAUGUGGCCCUACUAGCAUACCAAUGGGGCUUCCUGCAAGAAAUGAAGGAUAGGGUAGGGGAUAGGGCGCAACAGGUCAGUUUGGGAUUGGGCCCUCCUAGCUUAGCAGUGGAGCUUUAUAAAGCGCCUGUCUAUCCUCCCCCUUUAGAUCAGUGAGAAUGGGAAAAGGCUAUACGGUCACUCCUGACCUGAAUAUUCAUUUUGCAGGUCAGAAAUGUACUAAUAUUAUCUCCAGUGAGGAAAGUGACAUAAGAAUGGGAGCCACUUUAGAAUACAGAGUCCUCCCAGUCAUUGGACGAUGCCUGGUACAACACUGCCAGAAACAGCCAAACACAAACGACACGUCAGGCAUUCUGAGAAGGUCAUUGGUCAAGAAUCAGGAUUGAUGUAAAUGGAUACCUCUCAUACCUCAGGGGUGUUACAAUACAAGCCAGCACAAACAUGCCAUUCAAAACCAUGUGCCACACAUAGAACAUGUCCAAUACUGCCAACUCCAACCUAGGUAACACUGUACUUAGGUAGUCAAAACAUUGGUCACGUUCCAGGCCGACUAUAUUGCAGUCGCGCCGCACGCAGCAACCGAUGGUGCUACGCCACGUCAUCGACUGCGCAGUCGGGCAUCGGAUUGCUUUAUCAUAUGCGGUUAGCUGACAUGUUAAAACACUUAUACAGGCGUGGAGAUCUGGCAGGCGACUGCAAUGUAGUCGGUCUUGAACGCAGCCAAUGAGAUCUUGCAAGCGACUGCGAUGUAGUUGGGCUGGAACCACAAGACCAGUCCAAUACCAACAACACAGCAGCACUCUGAUGUACAGAACUAUAUAUCCAGGAAUGUGUUUUAAAUGGCACCUUAUUCCCAAACAGUGUAUUACCUUUGACCAGAGCCCUAUGCAGGCCCUGUUCAAAAGUAGUGUACUAUAUAGGGAAUAGGGUGCCAUUUCAGACACAAACCAGGUCCAUAUUCCCCGAAGACUGAUAGACAGCUAGUCUUGCCUGUAUGUACGUAACGUUGUGACCCCCAUCUUGUAAUUUUGUAUCGUUUGUUGCUUUUAAAUAAAAUAUAAUGUAUCCUCGCUGUGGUGCAUCUUCUGUAAAUUAAAUAUUAGUAGAUGGUAUACAAGGUUAUUUUGUAACUUUUUUUUUAAAUUACAAAAUGAUAGUCAUUCUAUUUAGUCAGGUCAGCAUGAUUUUUCACCCAUACAUACACCAUUUUUUAAAACUAAUAAAUCCAGUCAGUUUAAAUUGUGCCAUUUAUACAAAAAUGGGUUGAAACGACCAGGUAGAAUGACCUCCCACAUUUCAUUUACAUUACAUUUUAGUCAUUUAGCAGACGCUCUUAUCCAGAGCGACUUACAGUUAGUGAAUACAUCUUUUUUUAUACUGGCCCCCCGUGGGAAUCGAACCCGCAACCCUGGCGUUGCAAACGCCAUGCUCUAUCAACUGAGCUACAUCCCUGCUGGCCAUUCCCUCCCCUACCCUGGACGACGCUGGGCCAAUUGUGCGCCGCCCAUGAGUCUCCUGGUCGCGGCCGGCUGCGACAGAGCCUGGAUUCGAACCAGGAUCUCUAGUGGCACAGUUAGCACUGCGAUGCAGUGCCUUAGACCACUGCGCCACUCAGGAGCCAAGUCCAUAUCACCUAUUUAUAUAAUGUGUGACUCAUGUCACCAUUUGAAAACUUUCAUGCAAUUAAUAAAUGUAUUCUCUGAACAUCCAACAACACUAUCCAAUAGCAGGGUGUGUAUCUCAGUGUGUGUGUGUGUGGAGGCUGUUAUGACACUCAGGUCAGGCUUCCCUUGAGCUCUUUGCCAGUUUGCUUCUUUUCCCACAGUUGCACAACAGCUGUUGGAAAAUCCCCCAAAAUGACGUACGUGUGUGUGUGUGUGUGUCUCUGUGUAUAUGUGUGUCUAGCUGGCGGCCUCUGGCCCUUUAGACUCUACGUACUCCAGGGCCUUCUCCUUGACAGCCUGGAUGCUCUCUGGCGUGCCAUUCUUCUUCUCAUACUCCAGGUAACGCUUGAAGAAGAACUUGAUCCUCUUCACCGCUACACUCAGGUGGAUCACACGGUCAAACACAGCCCUGAACACAGGAAGUUAGAUCAGGUCACAUGACAGGAAACACCUUGCUUCCAAUGACAUACAGUGCAUUCGGAAAUUAUUCAGACCCCUUGACCUUUUCCACAUUUUGUUACGUUACAGCCUUAUUCUAAAAUUAAAAUUGUUUUUUUUUCCCCUCAUCAAUCUACACACAAUACCCCAUAAUGACAAAGCAAAAACAGAUUUUUAAAAUGUUAGCAAAUGUAUAAAAUUAAAACAAACAGAACUAUAACAUUUACAUAAGUAUUCAGAUCCUUUACUCAGUACUUUGUUGAAGCACCUUUGGCAGUGAUUACAGCCUCGAGUCUUCUUGGGUAUGACGCUACAAGCUUGGCACACCUGUAUUUGGGGAGGUUCUCCCAUUCUUCUCUGCAGAUCCUCUCAAGCUCUGUCAGUUUGGAUGGGGAGCGUCACUGCAUAGUUAUUUUCAGGUCUCCCCAGAGAUGUUCGAUCGGGUUCAAGUCCAGGCUCUGGCUGAGCCACUCAAGGAGGUCCUGAGCGCUCUGGAGCAGGUUUUCAUCAAGGAUCUCGCUGUACUUUGCUCCGUUCAUCUUUCCCUCGAUCCUGACUAGUCUCCCAGUCCCUGCCGCUGAAAAACAUCCCCACAGCAUGAUGCUGCCACCACCAUGCUUCACCGUAGGGAUGGUGGUGCCAGGUUUCCUCCAGACGUGACGCUUGGCAUUCAGGCCAAAGAGUUCAAUCUUGGUUUCAUCAGACCAGAGAAUCUUGUUUCUCAUGGUCUGAAAGUCCUUUAGGUGCCUUUUGGCAAACUCCAAGCGGGCUGUCAUGUGCCUUUUACUGAGGAGUGUCUUCCGUCUGGCCACUCUACCAUAAAGGCCUGAUUGGUGGAGUGCUGCAGAGAUGGUUGUCCUUCUGGAACGUUCUCACAGAGGAACUCUGGAGCUCUGUCAGAGUGACCAUCGGGUUCUUGGUCACCUCCCUGACCAAGGCCCUUCUCCCCCGAUUGCUCAGUUUGGCCGGGCGGCCAGCUCUAGGAAGAGUCUUGGUGGUUCCAAACUUCUUCCAUUUAAGAAUUAUGGAGGCCACUGUGUUCUUGGGGGCCUUCAAUGCUGCAGAAAUGUUUUGGUACCCUUACCCAGAUCUGUGCCUCGACACAAUACUGUCUCAGAGCUCUACGGACAAUUCCUUCGAUCUCAUGGCUUGGUUUUUGCUCUGACAUGCACUGUCAACUGUGGGACCUUGUAUAGACAGGUGUGUGCCUUUCCAAAUCAUGUCCAAUCAAUUGAAUUUACCACAGGUGGACUCCAAUCAAGUUGUAGAAACAUCUCAACGAUGAUCAAUGGAAACAGGAUGCACCUGAGCUCAAUUUUCGAGUCUCGUAGCAAAGGGUCUGAAUACUUAUGUAAAUGUGCAACAUUUUCUAAAAACUUGUUUCGCUUUGUCAUUAUGGGGUAUUGUGUGUAGAUUGAUGAGGAUUUUCAUUUAUUUAAUCCAUUUUAGAAUAAGGCUGUAACGUAACAAAAUGUGGAAAAAGGAUGCACUGUAUUAAUAAUAAUUAUUAAUAAGGGUUCUUACCGAGCGACUCCGUCAUGUCCCCAAGAGAUAAAGUAGUACCCAUAGGGUGAGAACUGAGUGUCCCAGACAGGGUAGUUGUGUUCUUUACUUUCAGAAUGCACUGUAUAUGGUAGCUAGCAUAUGUCCCCAAUAAUACCUCAAUUCAUGACUAGUUAUGUGUUACCAAAGUCAAAUGAGUGAAUACAAGUUUGGCAGUUGAGGUGGUGAAGAACUUACAUGUACAUGUUUCCUAUAUACUAAAGUUGAUAAAUAUUUAAUAUUCAAAUAUUACAUGUUUUCAUAAAUGAAAUAUUACCAGGUUAGCCUGGUCCCAGAUGUGUUGGUGCUUUAUUUCCAACUCCCAUGGUCAUUGUCAUGCCAAACAGACCUGGGAUCAGGCUAUUUCGACGUAAUUUCAUGAACAAAACAAAACCAGUGAGGUGCCGUCGGCCCACUCACCGGACUUCCUUCUGGGAGCCGUGUUUGACCAUGAGGUCUAUGAAGACGGACCACAGGUCGGUGCGUUUGGGGUAGCUGGUCAGGAUCUUGUCCAACAUGGUCUUUCCUCGCUCUACGUCUCCGUAGCGGAACUCCAGCUGGGCAAACUUAGCUAUCAGAUCCACAUCUGAAGAAGAGGAGGAGGGAGAAGGUGGAUGGUUAACAUGGAGAUACUGUAAGUAAGGUGUUAGUACCUUUUGACUCUAUGACAAAAGGUACUAAGAGCUGUCAACCUGGAAAAUGACUUGGUGAGUAGAUCUGUUGAAAGAUCAACGGACUGAGUAGAAUCGGGACAGGAAGGAUUGGCGUAAGCAAUACAGCCAAAAUUCCACAAGUUGGAGCUAUUACCAUCUUGCUUACACCUAUCCAACCCAGUGUCCAGAGGAGGGAUGGGAGCUAGAGGUCGAAUAGGGCAAGUGUUGAGGUAUGGGGGUCCCAAAAGGUGUGUAAUGGUCCUAAAGGUAAUAACAGGGGUCUUACUGUCUUUGAUAGGCAGGCUCUUGAUGGCCCUCUGUAGCAGGGCGUUGGCCGCGUCACUCUGACCCUGCUGAAGCAGGAAGGUCCCAUAGCUCAGCCACACAGCCUUAUCCUGACGGAACCGCUUCACCAUGGUCUUAUACAGACCUUCCGCCUCCUACACACACAGAUACACACAAUUUAUGAGAACCUACACCACACCGGUACAAACAGUGAGAUAGCAGGACCAUUCAAUAACAGAAAACUUACAAGAAGCUCAGGAAAAAAAACUCACAAUACAACAUCUAAUGUGCUCUAAUACGAUCCGAGUAAAUACGUGAAGUAUAUCACUUUUUUCAUUGAGGAAUGUUAGCCGUUUUAAUGAAUGUGUGUGAGCCCUGGUAUUAGCUACCUUAGUCUUCUGACACUUGGCGUAGAUGUCAGCCAGUUGCUGGUAGACAGGCAUGGGUUCACAAUACUGCACGGCCCGCUCAAACACCUUCUGAAGACUCUCCUCUGUCCCAUACAGGUUCUCAAGGUUCAACAGAGCCACCCAAACAUUCAGCUUCUCCUGCUCUUCUCUGAGGGAGAAUACAGACGUGUUAUAGAAUACAUCCAGAAAUACACACGUUUUACACCCACCCCCUCUUUCCUUCUCUAUGAGAAAUUAUUUGAUGACAGACAGGACACGGACUUUACACACAAUUAACACUAGGGCUGGGCGAUACGGCCAAAAUAUAAUAUCACUGUAUUUUAAAACAAUUAUGUUAUGACGGUAUUUUAUGUUUUUGCAUUAUAAACGUUCUACAUUUGCUUUAUGAGUAGUGCGUGACCCUAGGGUGGCAACACAUACAUUCUAAGUGAUUUCAAUGGGUCUUUCUCUAUUCUGAUUGUGUUAUACUGUUCAAUUCAACCAAAAAUAAUGUGCAGCAUUUAUCAAUUUCUGCAUUUCCUGCACUCAUUUCAGACCAUUUCCACACUGCCACAUAGGGUUGCAUGAUAUGGGUUAACAAUCUAGGCCUUAUUUUUUACCAAAUGUUGCAAUUGCGAUUUGACUUGUGAUUUAGAGCAAAACACUUGGGUGAACUGUUGGAGUCAUGGAAAUAGAAUGGAUUAUUCUAAUUCUAUAGUUAGAAUAUAAUAGUGGGCACUUUGAAUAGUGUUGUUUGACAUGACAACAAAUGGAAAUGCCAGGAAGGAGUUACUGUGACAGGGUAGGAACCAAAGUGUUGACAAGUUUCCUAGGGGACCCUAUAAUCUUCUGGUAUUAUCAGGCUAUAUAGCUAGUUACAUUUGCUCUGACUCAGUACAUUCAUUAGCUAGCCAGCUAACUGGAGAUUAGCAUUAGCGGCUAACAAGAUUAAGAAAAGACAAACUAGCUGUUUGCAGAUGUAAGAAACAAACUUAAGUGUAAUUAUAGAAUGCUAGUGGAUUUAUAUUAAGCAAAGUGAAAAAAACAGCAUCGUUGUCAUCAACAUUGUUUUUUAACCAAUGCAGACUGAACGCAAGUGUCUCGUGGUAAACAAAUGUGCUCCUUGAGUGACAGGGGGCGGGGCUAGGUCUGUGGAAAGUGGUAUAGAGAGAGAGAGCGGAAAGAGAUGACCCAAGUAGCGAAGUAAACUAUAAAAAUGGACGUUACACAAGGCGUAUCCCAUUUAACAAAUCAAACAUUCAAAUACCGUUAUAGAAGGCAAAGUAAACACCCAAACCAGUCCGUGCAUCAAUACCAGUAUUUCGUAAAAUAUGGUAUACCACCCAGCCCUAAUCAACACAUUCAUAUCCCCCACGCCAACCCACCCACAGGACCCGCUUUCUUCUUCUUUGUGUUGUCCGCCCCCCAUCCUAGCUGCGCUGGUAGAGUCCCCCCCAGCAGGACUGAGGGUUGCCAGUGCAGCAGGGGGGCUGGGGGGGGCAGGUAGACUGCUCUCACACACCAAUGACUCAAGCACCUCCAACUGUCCAGCCAGAAAGCUGCUGAGGGCCUCCAGGCUGGAGCUGCAGCACGCAGAGAGAGACGACAGCACCAGCACAGGAGAACCCUCCAGAGGUGGAUCUAAGGAGCGUGUUAUGAACACACACACACACCUUUCCCCACCACUAACCUGAAGGAGAUAGUCUUCAGGGCUCUCUCGGCCACCGCUCUAGCCUGUUCUAUCUGUGUGGCCUGCAGGUGGAAGGCCAUGAACUGCAGCCAGAGCAGAGAGCUGUCAGGGGAGCUGAGUAGCAGGCGCUCAAAGCUGGCCGCCGUCUGGGGUCGCAGGCCUGGGUCCAUCAGCUCCGUCUCCAGCUUGGUCAGGGCCUUCUCAGCCUCCCGCUUCUCUACCUCCUGCUCGUGGCGAGACUUCUUCUGAGGCUGGGUGGAAGAGGGGGAUGAAAGCAAGGAAGGAAAGAAAGAAAGAAGGAAAGGAUUAGAAGAAAGUGGCAGUUAAAGAGGAGAAGGAGGAAAAAGAGAGAUACAGAGAGAAAGGUCAUAAGAACAACACCAGUACUAGAAAUAAUCCAAGGGAGAAGUCGAACAUACACCUCCAUGAACAUUUUGGAGGCUGUACAGCCAUUAUAACCCUCAUAGUAAAUGCAAUGCAAACAUUCCUUUACUAAGUGAUUUCCUUUAGUAGGUGCCACUCAUAGUACAAGCCCAGCAUUACUCCUUACCUUAGUCUUCACCUCGUCGUCCUCCCUAUCGCUGGAGUCUUCUGCCCCCAGGGCAGCGGAGGCUGGUUUCAGGGCACUCAGCGCUGCAUCCCAGGAGAACCCUCCGGUCACCUGCAGUCUGGCUGGUUGCACUGGAACAGGCUUCACUACCUCCGCAGGCUCUGACUUCUUUUCCUCCUCCUCGUCAUCCUCCUCUUCUUCUCUGAAGUACACCUCCACUCCGCUGUCACUGUCCUCCCCUUUCCCCUUCUUCUUAGUCUUCUUCUUCUUGGAAACUUUCUCUGCAGGUCCCUACAUUAAGACAGAAGAUAAGUGA